UAAAAAAGAAAAAGAAAACACGUUUUGCAAUUUCCCGUUUGUUUAGCUAAUUUAUAUUUUUGGCCAAAUAUUUUCUUCUACUGUUAACCAUGGAUUACGCCAAAAAUUCUCCCACUUCGCCUUCUGUUUCUGCAAGCAAUCGGCUAUCAGACACUAGAGCUCAAAAGAUACAAACUCCAAGAAAGCAGUAGAAACGAAAAAUUACAAAGGAAAUAGAAAUGCAUUCCAGUUAAGAUGUGUCUUAAAGAGAGCACUCAGUUGCUAACUUGAUUCAGGGUUUCCAUAUCAAAUUUUCAUACUUAGACCUCAUCUUCAUUCUCAUUAUGUGCAAUGCUAUUCAUUGUAUUUUCUUAAGUAACACUGGAAAUUUACACUCAUUGGAAUGCUUCCCCAGUCAUAGAGGGAAGAGAAUGGUUAGCGAUAGUAUUCAUUCAGCUUUGGCAUGUGAUGACAUCCUCACCGAAAUCCUCCUUCGUUUGCCAGAGAAAUCUAUUUUCAAACUUAUUCUCGUGUCCAAAAGAUGGCUAUCCUUGAUUUGUAAUUUUUCCUUUCAUCGUAGUUAUGAAAAGCAAUGGGGUGCACACACUCGCCUUUUUGGCUUUUUUGUAUGCAAUUUUCUUUACAUUGACAGACCACAAGAUGGGGUGAGGCGACCCCGGUCUGAGCCAGCUCUACCUCUACUUUCAACUUGUCAAGAGAGUGAUGAUUUAGUAUCAUCUGGAAUCUUAAGGAAACUUGGCUAUUUUAUUGACUACUCUGAUGGGCUUCUUCUCUGUGGUCGUCACCCUAAACAUUAUUAUGUCUGGGAUUCUGUCACCAAGUACCGACGCCAACUUCCUCAACCUCAAAAGCACUACAAAUAUCUAUGUACCGCAUUCAUUACAGAAGACCCCGGCUUAGAUUGUGGAGAUAUUGUGUAUAGAGUUGUUCGAGCAAACUGUGAAUGCAGAGUUGAUGUAAUUAACACCAUUUCUAUAGAGACUUUCUCCUCUCGGACUUGGACAUGGAAGCAAUCCACUCUUGUUUGUUCUUCAGAUUUUGCUUUGAGCCCGUGGACAGUAGGCACUGUGAUUAAAGGAGUUAUCCACUGGUUUGGAACAUAUCGAAGUCUAGCGAUUUAUGAUCCCGGAUUCGGAGAAAGGCGCAUAACUUCAAUCAAGCUACCGACUGGUAAGCUGACUCAGGACUACGAGGACUCCAUUUUAGGAGUGUCAUCGGAUGGGCUUUUGCAGUAUGGUCAAAGUGGGAAGCUUGGAUUGGAAACAUGGGUUCUCUACAAGGAACAUGAUGAUUCCUCAUCAUCCUACACCAUGGAAUUGGACACUCAUUAUGAGUACCGGUGGAUGCUACGACACAAAUUAAGCUACAAAGACCUGUGGAAGCAGAACCCGAAUUCAGGUCUUCGCUCUAAAGAAACUCAAAUAUUAUCGUUUAUUCGUCGAAACUCCGACUCUGUUUUCAUUAGGUUGGGAACAAGCAUCUACCAAUGUAACAUCAAAAGCAAAACACUGGAAGUGACUCCUUACCAUCAUGGUGAUUUUUCUAUUCCAUGGGAUUUUUGUAAAGUAGUGCCUUACUUUCAAAAGAUUUGGCCCCAAUCCCCUUUCCCUACCUCCCCAAACACAGUUAAGCAGCUACUAUGACUAUGAGAUGCCUGUUCUGUUGCCAUUUCUUCUUUUGUUAAUGAUGCUUGGGAGGUUGUCUCUUUUUGUUUGUAGAUAAUGACACUUCCCUUGCUCCAUUAUUCUAGUAGCCAUUUUUGUUUUAGUUUUAAGUUCUUAAGAAAUUAUGCUUAUUUACUAAAUUUCAUUUUCUUAUUUCUUAUGUGUA